UUGAAGCGGUAAAAGAAGAUCAAAAUGACUACUUCUUUACAAACCAAAAUAUUUUAUGGAUUAAAAACUGAUAUAAUUUCAAAUGUACAUUAUAUUACGGAUGCAGAAAUUUUGUAUCCUGCUGGAAAUGUAAUAGCAGUACACAAUAUUCCACAAUAUCGGCAAAGAUUGAUAUAUUUGCCUGAUAAGCAACAAAUAAACAUAAUUUCAGUUGCACCUAAUAAGUAAGUUUUAACAUUACUAAUGUAUAAUGCACAGUAGAAUGAAGCAAAAUAUUUUUGUUUUUAUAAAG